UACAAAGCAAAACUGACAUAUUUUGUGUUUUUCUUGUUCACCUUCGCCUGCAUGAUUUUUUCUCUUGUUUGUACACCAAUUUUUCCUGCCAAUUUUAAUUUCAAUUUAAGUUCGUGACUCUCAAAUUUUAUCCAUUGACAAUUAAUCUUUUUGUGAUAUACCCACAUGCUUGGCCGUACGUGCAUUAACCAAAAAUCACGGGUAUAAUGUUUGUGAAACCUGUUGCGCACUGAAGUUUUUGUGGCUGUGACCUAUUAGCUGUAUGAUAACGGUCAAGUUGUGCUGAUUAUUUUUGCAAAACCGUCAGUCGAUUAGUAUUGAGUGAGUGCUUGGCGAAGUUGCACGAUGGUGAAUACAUCGCUGGUGCCCGUGAGCGAUGGUCGGAUUGUCCGGGAGAAUUUUGUGAGCAACGCACAUACCCGGAUAAAUUUAUUCGAUGUGCCAGUCACAGCCCUUCGUACUAGAACGCGAGAUCACUUGGCACUCCUGCUGGACCCAAUAAAGUAUUUACCCUCCGAGGAGGGUCACCAACGUGAUUGGCGCGGUCUAGCCGAUUUUUUAGGUUUCCGCAAUCAACACACGGCCUUUCUGGCCACACAGCGAAGUGCCACAGUGAAACUUCUGGAGAUGCUGGGCAAACAAGUGGGCGAAGUGAUCAGCCUGGCAGAAUUACAGCGAAUUCUGGGCAUCAUUGAUCGAUGGGACGUUAUAGACGACACCAAUCAGUCAUUCCUGGAGGAUGCGGAAAUAUUUUUGAGUGCCAAACCAAUGUUUGUGGAAUUGCCAGAAAAGAAUGACACCGAUUUGGAUGAUGACAUUAAUAUUCUCACCAAUGAUGAUGCACCAGGACUUCCGCAGAAAUAUGAUGCAUUUGUCCUCUUUGCUGACGAGGAUAUUGAAUAUGCCACAGAAUUAAUUGAACGACUUGAGGACAGUGGUUUUAAGCUUUGCGAAAAGAGCAGGGACUUGAAAGCUGGACACUUGGAGCACGAGGCCAUUUGUCGGUUGAUAUCUGAAAGAUGCAGUAAAUUGAUCUUAAUUGUUACCCGUGCCUUUCUUCAAAGUGCUGCCAAUACAUUCUUCGUGAAUAUGGCUCAAGCCUUUGGUAUUGAAAAACGUCGUCGAAUGAUUAUUCCGUGUUUGUAUGAAAAUUGUAUUCUGCCACCGAAUCUCAGUUUCUACUUUGUACUCAAUUAUCAGAGAUCUGGAAAAUUGUACAAUUUCUGGGACAAACUAAAGCAAUCAAUUCAGAAUACACCGGCAGAAUCACUAGCUUCACUUCCCGCCAAUCCACGUAUCACAAUUACCGAAGUUGACUCACCACAGACACCCAAGGUUCCGGCAUUGACUAGUGCAAAGUGCAAUGAUAAGACUCUGGCAGAUUCUGAAACACCCACACAUCCUAUUUACAAUUCUACCAAGCCCAUCAUUGUGCUCAAGAAGUCCUACAGUCCAGAACCACAGAGGAAGAUCAUGCCACCACCACAGAAGCUGAGAACGGUAUCAAUGUGGGAAUUGAGCACCCAAGCAUCACCAGAAUCUGGCAAAGAUAGCAAUUCGUCCCCUAGGUCUCUCAAUGACACCCUAGUCAGUCCGUCCAGUGCAAGUGCCAGCAAGAAAGGCAAAUGGUACAAGAAACUACUCACGCCAAGCAGCAAGAAGACUAGUGAGAGUGGAAGUAGCGUCGAUGAUGAUGCCAUUUCCACCGGAUCCACAGCUUCCAAUGGCAAGGAGAAGAGCAAGAAGAGAUGGUUCACCAAGAAAAAAAUUGCAAUCGCCUUGUGAUUUUUCUUCGUGCGCAGGAUACCCUCCAGGAGGAUGACAAUUGUUGAACGAAUCAAUUUUAUUAUUUAAAUUUAUUACCACUUUUUAUCAUAAUCUUCUUUGUUAAAAAAAAAACGGAAGAGAUUUUGCAAUAAAUGGCCUAAACUGCGAUAAAAUGUCACAAUGUACAUUCCAAUGAAUUAGCUAAUGGAAGUGAUAAUUUAAAAGGAAUUUAUAAAAUUGUACACAUUUCAUUCAAAUAAAUACAUUUUUAGAA